UUAAUGCACAUGGCUGCUGCCAUGCACAGUGAUAUGCAUGAACACAUGUGGAGCUCAGAGACACUGAGCUCUGACCGAGAGGUCGCCGGUUCAAUUACGGCUACAGACGCUGUGCAUCAAUAUGGAAGUGACCUUGAGCAAAGAAUAACAGCGUCGUGAGGGCUUCAGAGAUGAAAGCGUAGCUGGGAAGCUAAAGGAUAGCAGUUCACAGAUGAGAAGCCGCGGCGUAUUAUCUGUUUUCAUUUAGAGAGCGGCAGAGAGGGAAGGAAGGAGAGGGGAGCAGGAUGGAGGAGUGACAGAGGGAGCAGCAGGUGAUAGAUGGAGUGGACGCAUGAAUAGAGAUCCAGACAGUCAUGCACAGCUAUCAGCUAGCAGGAUAAAAACGGGGGGAUUGACUCGCGGCCAGAGAGAAAGCCAGAGAGAGGGGGUGACAGAAAGAUGGAGAGCUUGUUCCAGAUAGCAGCAGGGCUCGCAGUGUGUACACACACAGACUUUCAGGUGAAGGUGAACCAUUCUUUUGCCUUCACAACUAUGUGCUGUGGAGUCAUCAUGUGGGAGGGAGCGAAAGCGUCAAUAACAUGUUGUUGUUCUAAGACAAAGACCAAACUUUUAAAUAGGGAACUGUGCUUUCCAUCAAGUCGGUUGAAAACACAUGAAGAUCAAUUUAAAAUGAAUAUUAAUUGGUUUUAACUCAUGAUGCAUUCAGGACCUGCAGGACAAUGGCUUUGUAUUUAGUUCACAAAAUGCCCAACUUGAAUAAGCUCAAACUUCAGCAUCCUCCUCCUUCUCUUACUGCGCUAUAGGAAGGUCAAUGCGUGUAAAGAUGCUGUAACAGUAGCAGCUCAGUGUGUUUCUCUUCUUCCCACUUUCUCCUCCCUCUGGCUCUGAGCACUGGGCGAGCUGCUGGGACACCAGCGUGGCAAGGUGACCUUAAACAAACAGCACAGAAUAGGCAAACAGAUGCCUGGAAAUGAACCGAGAAACACUCCGACACCGACAUCAAGAGACAUUCAAACGGUUCAGCAUCUGUUUUCUCAGGUCAGGAUGACUGUGUUUAAGCCACAAUAAGAAAAACACAUAAUUACUGUAUGCAUUUGUUAAGUAAAUGCAACAAAAGCUCAAACGUAUGAUCAUGACAUCACAGACUGACUUCACUUCAUUUCUGCCCUAAAUGAUGGACUGAGAUCAAAACGGUCCUGAUGAGAGGAAGCCAAAACUGCUGUGCUCACAUGAAGAUGGCGUCCCGCUCUGUGUCUGUGGGGGGUGGGGAUGGGGAAACAGAGCGAGGAGGAAAAAGUUGAAUAAAGAGACAGAUGGAGGAAGAGCUCAGAGAGCGGAGAAGGGAGGAGACGGCUGUGCCGGGGCGUCUGAGGCAGAACUGGGCCACUGAGCACAACCCGAAGAGGAGAACGGAGAGGAUGAGGAAGGAAGAGGCUGGCCUGGAAACGGUGGAUGGAGAGAGAGAGAGCGACACGCGACAGAAGGGGAGGAGGGAGCGCAGAGGCUCCCACGAAGUCACUCCUCUGCGCGCGUCGCCAGGAACAGUUGGACAACGGAGCCCUCAGCUCAAAUAUCAACUUAGUGAGUCUGGACGCUGUUUGUGAGGAGCCGGCUGACUGUCAGCUGAUGCCUGCUCCCCUGCGUUAACAGCCCAGUGUCCGGCCUUUACCGGCUCCUUCCAGUCAUUCAGCACCUGAUUCUUUAUAGUGCAGAUCAUUUUGUUGUUUUUUUUAAUUUAACAUCUUUCCUUCAGUCAAAAUCAGGAUCAACUGUACAUACAGUAGAUGAACGCUUAAGUAAAAAAGCAGUAGUGAAAGUGGAAAAUAAAGAGUUCCGGACCAAAUCAUUCAAUCAGAUGGUUUCACAUGUUUUUCACCAGCAUCUUUGCUCCUGUUUGAGCGUUGAGUUGUUCUCACAAUAACCUGCUGUCAAACGUCUGUUUAGCGAUGACGUUUCAUCAGCUGGAACAAAGUUCUCAAGGAAGGAUUUACAGUAAGUGGUUUUAUCAGUCUCCUAAAAAUAAACUACCAAAAAAACCCUACCUGAACGUGAGUUCAGCAGGAACACAGAUCCCUUCAAGUCUAAAGCUAAUCCAAACCUGAUCUCAGGAGUUUAACUUCCCACUGAGCACUGGGACAUAUUUGGGGUUUCCUGUAGGAAUCUGCUGGAUAUGCAGAUGUUUAAAACGCCAGUUGCAGCCUUGCCUCUGUUUCCGUCUCUCUCUUUUCCUUCUGGCUGCUUGUUUCUCCGUCUGAAUCUGUUCCUACAUCCUGCUGUUUGUCGCUCGUUGACACUUGUCCUGAGCUGUGGCCACAUCCUGAACGCUUCCAGUCCAGGGCGCGAGCGGGUUUCAUCUGGGCCACAUCUUUCCAGGUCACGGUGCAGCGGAGCAGAUGCACUUUCUGACUCACUUGGUUCAUUUGUGCGUUUGUUAAUCUGCGUCUGAGCGUCAUUAGUUGCCACGUUUUGGGUGCAGGUGAAUCAGCUGUUCUGUGUGUUGCUGUUAUUUAUAGCGUCGGUUGAUGCGUGGGUCACUGGGUUUUACAGACGUGCCACCUGGAGCCACAGAUUGAAGCUGGGACUGUGAGAAUGUCCAGAUUGACCACGAUCAGCAGAGAGGCUUAAAGCGACGCUGACGCCUGGUGCACGAAACCGACUGCUCCAUCAUUGAUGUUUUCUGUGUGUGUGUGUGUGUGUGUGUGUGUGUACCUGCAGCUAACUGCUAUUCAGUGAAUGUUAAGGAGAGAACAAGCCGUCCUGGCUACACUAACUCGCCGCCUCCCACAUACAGAUACGGUCUCACAACACGACGCGGGGCUCCGCUCGACAAUGUGGAGCAGUGCGACGUGAAGGUCCGACGCUCUGUACGGACUUAACAAGCGAGCGUGUGUGUCAGUGACAUGUGUGCGUGGGCUUUUUACUAUGUGUUUCGCGUGUGGCGCCCGUGACGGUUUCCUUGUGAGCGAGUGAGGAGAAGCCCGUGGCGAACGCGCACAGUGCAGCGCUCACACUUCCCAAACGCGGAGACGCUCUUGUUCAGGUGCUGUAAGGAUGUCUGAUAUAUUUGAGCUGCUAAGCGUCACCAAAUGUGGAGCGGUCGCCCACUGAGUGCAGAAUGUUCUGUUUUAUGACAGAGACUGAGAGGGAGAAUGAGUAAAAAUACACCCAGCUCCUGGGAGACGGUCUCUAUGACAGCAAUUACUAUGGUGAUGGCUGGGAUGCACGUGAAGUGAUGGCUGUGAUGGGCCCCCUGGGAUUUCACCUACUUGAACUGCAGCAGGAGACUCACACACACACACACACACGCACACUUGAAUGAAGAGCAAAUGGAAGAGGGAGCCGAAGAGGGACUUGAGGUGAAAUUCAGGAGGAUGCCACCAAGCUGCCGCCCGCUCACAGGCCGCGGGCGCUGAAGUAGAUGCACGGCUGCUGCUCUGCUUCAGGACAGCACUUCUGCAGUACUUCAGUGGAUGCAGUGUCUGGAAAUGACCACCAAGCGGAAGCUGAUCGGCCGGCUGGUGCCGUGCCGGUGCUUCCGUGGCGAAGAGGAGGUGAUCUCGGUGUUGGACUACUCCCACUGCAGCCUGCAGCAGGUCCCCAAGGAGAUCUUCAGCUUCGAGAGAACUCUGGAAGAGCUCUACCUCGAUGCCAACCAGAUCGAGGAACUGCCCAAGCAACUCUUCAACUGCCAGGCUUUGAAGAAGCUGAGCAUGCCUGAUAACGACCUGUCCAACCUGCCCACCACCAUCGCCAGCCUGGUUAACCUCAAGGAGCUGGACAUCAGUAAAAAUGGUAUUCAGGAGUUUCCAGACAAUAUAAAAUGCUGUAAAGGCCUGUCAGUGGUGGAAGCCAGUGUCAACCCUAUCACCAAACUCCCAGAUGGUUUUACGCAGCUCUUGAAUCUCACCCAGCUCUUCUUAAACGAUGCCUUCCUCGAGUACCUGCCGGCCAACUUUGGCAGACUCUCCAAACUACGGAUCCUGGAGCUCAGAGAGAACCACCUGAAAACCAUGCCAAAGUCCAUCCACAGACUGACACAGUUGGAGAGGCUGGAUUUAGGUAGCAACGAAUUCACUGAACUGCCAGAGGCGUUGGAGCAGAUCCACAACUUAAAGGAGCUGUGGCUGGACAACAACUCUCUACAGUCCAUUCCCGGGUCGAUAGGGAAGCUUCGGCAGUUGCGUUACUUGGACUUGGCUAAGAAUCGCAUUGAGACGUUGGACAUGGACGUUUCAGGCUGCGAGGCCUUAGAAGACCUGCUGCUGUCCUCCAACAUGCUGCAGCGCCUCCCUGACUCUAUAGGAAUGUUGAAGAAGCUCACAACUCUGAAGGUAGAUGACAACCAGCUGACUUCACUGCCUAACACCAUUGGAAGUGCGAAGCCCAAGCAAGGUCUGUCUUUGUUGGAGGAGUUGGACUGUAGCUGUAAUGAGUUGGAGUCGUUGCCUCCCACCAUCGGCUACCUGCACAGCCUGAGGACCUUCGCGGCCGACGAGAACUUCCUGUCAGAGCUGCCUCGCGAGAUCGGUAACUGUAAGAACGUGACGGUGAUGUCCCUGCGCUCCAACAAACUGGAGUUCCUCCCGGACGAGAUCGGACAGAUGACCAAGCUGCGAGUGCUUAACCUCAGCGACAACAGGUUAAAGAAUCUACCGUUUACCUUUACUAAGCUGAAGGACCUGGCAGCUUUGUGGCUCUCUGACAAUCAGUCCAAGGCCCUGAUUCCACUGCAGACAGAAGCCCACCCAGAAACCAAACAGAAAGUUUUGACCAACUACAUGUUUCCUCAGCAACCGCGCCAUGAUGAGGAUUAUCAGUCAGACAGCGACAGCUUUAAUCCGACUCUGUGGGAGGAGCAGAGGCAGCAGAGGAUGACUGUGGCCUUCGACUUCGAGGACAAGAAGGAAGAAGAGGACAACUCUGGGAAGGUCAAGGUGGAAAUUAAUUUAAAGCGAUACCCAACCCCGUACCCUGAGGACCUGAAGAACAUGGUCAAGUCAGUGCAAAGCCUUGUGGGUAAAAGCGUUCACAGCGGACAUGGACACCAGCACCAGCUGAGCACAGGCACCAUCACAUCAGCAGGAACCAACAUGGAGCACACACACCUCAGCAAAGAACCUUAUGAACCACCCUGGCCCCUACCUCCUAAAGAGGUGACAGACAGAGAGAUGCAGGACUUCUCUCAGAGUCAGCUAAUGGAUCAGGGAUCAAUGCAUAACUCUGGCAUCGACAUUCCCAAGAGGAAGGACAAGGAGGAUCUGACAGAGAGCUCUGAGGACUCGAUGGGCGGCUCCCCCAACGACAUCCGCAUCUCUGACAUGAGGCCCACCCUGGUGGAGCCACCGAUGUACAAACCAAAGGUGGUGCUGCUUGGCAAGGACAAGAAAGAGUCGACGGAUGAGGAGGUGGAUAAACUCCACUGUAUGAACCACAGCGGCUCCUCGGCCACCUACUCCGACUACUCCCCGUCACAGGGCUCCUCGGGCUCGUCCAACCCGCCGGCCAACACGCACCCACACGUUCUCUCCCACCCCCACCCCCACCCCCACCCCCACGCUCCGGCUCUACCAGCUCCCACCAAGGACCAGGGGCCUCAGACACACUGGACCAACAGACUGGCCCAGUCCUUCCCUAAGCCCAUUGAUUCCAAGCCCCUGCUAUCUCAGAGAGAAACCCCUCCAUCGGGAACUCUGCAGCAGCGUGGAGAUCGACGCCCGCUAAGUGAGCCUUUCGACUGGGCUGAGGCGCCUCACUAUGACAACACAGGUUUUGAUGCUGAGGAGUCCCCUCUCGAUCCUCCAUCUGGUACAAGUCAAGGAAAUCCUCCUCUGGGGUCGAAACCCCGCAGCCAAUCAACACACGGGCGUCGCCCACUCCUCAGGCAAGAGCGAAUUGUAGGAGUUCCGCUGGAGUUGGACACGCAGACGCUUCCCUUCCACAGCAAUCAGCGCUCCACCCCAGACAAUGACCCACAGUCCAAUGCAGCACCACAGAAUCCUUGGCAGAAUUGGACGCGAACUCCUAGCCCGCUGGAGGACAGAACCGCCUUUCCCUCCAAGCUGGACCUCACACCCACAUCUAGUCCCAACCCUGAUCGCAAAGACAUGGACUCAAGGCUAGAACAAGGAGUAGGACCUUUGCCUGGCAGCUGGACUUAUCAUGACAGUCAAGGGGAGCAGAACAGGAAGGACCAUCUAAGUGUCAGUGGGGGCAACAAGGUUACGGUGGUGAUGAGUAAAAGCUCAGACCGUCUGUCCCCAAUGAUGAAGGAGACGAGGUCUAAGUUUAAGAAGUCGCAGAGUAUUGAUGAGAUAGACAUUGGAUCCUACAAGGUCUAUAGUAUUCCCAUGGACAGCUAUAGUUCAUCCAUUGAGCAGCAGACCAGUUUGGACCGCCCAGAGUUGCCUGGUUCUAUGGAGCAGACCAACAUGUCCCGGUCACAGUCUGCCCCCAUGUUAGAUGAUGAGCUGGGCUUCCCAGGACAUGGAGGCAGCAACCAGAACCAGCUAGGACAGAACCAAAAACCUGCCAUUCCACAGAAAGCCUACCACUUUGACCAGAACUACAAUCCCCAGGUGACCAUGGAUCGUCGCGUUCCCCCUCCCUUCCCCAACACACCAGAUUAUAUCAACCACUCGUCAAAGGCCUUGGAGUAUCUCAAUCAAACUGGGAAGACAUUACCCAAGGAGCUGGUGAGCCCUCGGUAUCGUGCAUAUCCACCGCUAGAGAUGUUUUCUUUCCCCCAGUCACCGAUUAGUCAGGACGGCCCACCAAACCAGCAGCAGCCCAUCCCAACACAGAGGUCCAGACCAGGGUUUCUGAGGCGAGCAGACUCCCUGGUCAGCUCCACAGAGUUGGCUUUGUUCCGCAGAGUCCACGAAGCUCAGCAGGAGGCGCUGCAGGAAGCUCAGUACCGACAGCAGGCCGACCCUCCUCUUUACAGUCGCGCUCUUGCCUACUCCACCCCCAUGGAGCAUUCUGCUCACAGCAACAUGGCUGACAGCCAAAGCCAGAUGCUGCACAACAAGAGAAACGGCCGCUAUGAGGAUGACUAUCCCACCUACCAGGAACAGAAGAAGCCCAUGAUUGGUUAUCCAACCAAGAGUCUGACUCAGCGCCGCCCCCUGUCUGCCAGGAGCUACAGUACUGAGACGUAUGGUGCAUCUCAGGUAGAUGCCUGCUACAUACCUGCUGCUGCGCGACCAGUGUCCGCUCGUCCAACCAUGGCCGCCCUGCUAGAGAAGAUGCCCCCAGAGUACGCCCUGGCCACCUGCCCCGAGAAGUCACCCGAUGACACCAUCAAAGUAAGACCCGUCAUACCACAGAAACCCGAAGACAUCACCUCCAAGAUGCCUGCCGAUUGGAGGCAGCAACUACUCAGGCACAUAGAGGCCAAACGGCUGGACAGGAGUGGUGUCCUAAAGCACAACACGCUCACGCUGGGCAUGCUCUGUCAGGGCGGGGGUCACGGCCAGGGGCGCAGCAGCACUUUGAACUUUAACGUUUACAAUAACACUAAGCAUGAGCCCCCUGCUGGCCGCUGGCUGCCACUACCUCCUCCUCCGUCUGCUAAUGCUACCCCCUCUCAGCAGGGUGCCAUGUUGGAUAAUGACCAGGAAGGGGUACCAGGAAGUAACCAGUGGGUUCCCUACUCUCUUGGCCGAAGGGACGUUCCGCCUGAUAACCUCAUGAAGAAGAGCGCCCACUCCCACAACCCCUCCCAUCAGUCACACAACACCAUGAUCGUCACCUCGUCUUCCUCCUCCUCGGCCACCACUCCUCAUCGUGUGGUUGGGCAGCAGGGCUACGACGGCAUGAUGAACAAAGGCGUUCAGUACCAGCCAGGAAUGCCUCUGUCGGUGGUUCCUUCUGGACCGGGGCAGUACCAAGGCAACAUGUCUCAAGGCCUUCCCAAUCCUGGUCAGGUUUAUCCCACCUCUGGCCUGCCCAUAGGCCUGUCCUCAUCCGGGAACCAGCCCCAGUACAACCCUCACACCUCCCACAGUUCCCAUCAGCCCUCCCUUCCUGCCACAAACCCCCAGUAUCACGGCAACCAGGGCAUGAUCCAUAGCAACCAGGUUGUCAUGACCACCCACACCAACCCACGGCCCCAGAGCGCUCGCUGCCUGUUGCAGACCAAAGGCCAGAAGAGCACGGACGGUUUCCAGGAACAGCUGUGUGUGAGGAUAGAGAAGAACCCGGGCCUUGGUUUCAGUAUCUCUGGGGGCAUCAGCGGCCAGGGGAACCCCUUCAAACCCUCUGACAUGGGUAUCUUUGUUACUAGGGUACAGCAUGACGGGCCCGCUGCCUCCGCCCUGCAGCCUGGAGACAAGAUACUGCAGGCUAACGGACAUAGUUUUUUACACAUGGAGCACGAGACAGCCGUCUCUCUGCUGAAGGCUUUCCAGCGGACAGUGGACUUGGUGGUUCUGAGAGACAGCAGCACGCACUAAGAAUAGUUUUAUAGGAAACAAACAAACAAAUACAAGGCUUCUGUUGUCCGUCAGCGUGGUCCCGCGCCGCCCCCCCCCCCUCGGAGGCCGGUGGAACUGAAGGACCAGCCGCCUUUUUUACCUUUGUAGGGGAACACCUAGACGUUGAUUUGCCUAUUGCUGGACCAAAGGCAAAUCCCAGUGCCAAAUGUACUAUAGGAAACAUAUCGGCUCCUCCAGGAACCUGGUCAACAGCUGGACGGACCACUCCACCGCCCCACAGCGCUGCUGCCGUUUGGACUUUGCGGUCGGCUCGUUGAGCCAUCAGUCUUCUGAUUGGUCGGUUUGAAUCGCUUGGUUUCGUUGGUUCUUUAGGGUUCUGGGUGUUUUUCCUUUCUUCGCUGCCUUUUAUUUUGCUGUCCAACGGUGGGUUUUUAAUGAUUCGUUUGCUUUAGCACUUUCUGCGUUCCCUUUUACAUUUGUUGUGAUAUAUAUUCUGUUCUGUUCUGUUCUUCCUUCACUGUCUCUUGUGUUUAUGGCCUCCUGUGUGCAGAAAUUAAAACCUCAAAGGGCGACUUCACUGAUUUUCAGCUUCACUUCCUAUGGUUUGAACAGCACACGGACUUUAUGGCUUCUGCAUUUUUCUUCGGUGUCCCUGCUGUACGUCUGGCUGAAACUCUUUGUUCCGUCAUGUUGGUGAACCUUUAUACCUCUGUAGUUCAAGAGCUUUAGUUCAAACUGGGAAGUCAUAGAGACAUUUAAAAGUGUUUAUUUUCUGUGCAUGUUCUCCCCGAACUAGAACCACAGGAGGUUGAAAACCAGCGUAGCCGCCCUUUCAGAACAUCUGCCUUUUGUACAUAUAUAAAUCUGUAGAGCCGCGACAGACAGCUCUAUACAUUCAUGAUUAUUAUAAUUAUUGUGGAUAAACCAUAAUAAGAAUUUUCUCUUAUGAACAAACAGGGAUCAUUUCUCCAAAUGGACAGUUUUCUAGCGUGCACCACAGAUUUGUUUCUGUAUAGAAUAACACCUUCCACCGUCCAUCACUGCUCCUUUACUUUGGUUUCUAGCAGCUGAUUUUGUACCGUUGCUUGCACAGCUGUGCUGAAAAGAGCUAAAGCAAUAUUUAGGAGGCUCAGCGGAGCCUAACCUGUCCUGCAGUGCCAUCUAUUGCGUAAGUCAUGCUAAUGUUUACACACACACUGCCAUGCACUGGAACUAACUGGCAGACACACACAGACAGACAGAUGUGCCCACUAGUUAAAAUGUUAUUAUGAAACCACUUAGAACCACACUGUAACAUUAUUCAUGAUAUCUGUGCCAUGUUUUGAGAUCCUGAUUUUUAUAGUAUUGCUACCCUGUUUUAGUUGUAUGAUAAAGUGACAGCAUGCUUUUAUAUUGUUUGUCACUGUCAGUCGGCCAUUUUCUGUUGGCUCAUAGAGUUCUAAACUCUAGACGUAUUCAGUGGGCCAGAUGUUUGACAGUCUGUGCCCCAUGAACCCCACCCCCCCCCCCCCCCCCCCCCCCGGCUUUAUGUACACAGGCCCAACACACCUGAGCUUUACGCGACCGCUUUGUGGCCCAGAUCUGAUCUGCACACAGCGAGAGGAUUGCUUUGGUGAAGAGCUGAAGGAGAGUGUCCCUACAGGUGUCAGUCAGCGUCAGGUGCGAAGGGGUGAAUCCGCAUUAAAGCCUGUUUCCCUUUUAAGACAAUCAGGGACGAUCUGAUCUGCGUCACAAAGGCUUCUGGCUACACUUGAAACUUGUGUGUGACUUUUGUAACCUGGCGAGAAUCCACCUGAGCGGUACAGGGACAUUUGGACUAGAGAGCGUUGAUGGAAGACGCUCCUCGGAGCAGGGGGCGGUCCCUUGGUCGGUUUGAGUUGGAGUGUUGAGGACCCGGCGCACGCGGCCCCACGGUGAAAUCCUGACGUGACGCGUCCACAGAGAGGGCGCCGCGGGCUGAUCGCCGCUCUCCUGUACGGCCUGAAGGGGUCUCGUGGCCGCGGUUCGCUCUGUUCUGCUCUGCUCUGCUCUGCUCUGUGGAACAGCCCAUGUUGAACCCGUUUUGUUGUUUUUGCUUUUGACCUGAGGGGUCUCCCUGUCCCUUGUUGUGUCGGCUCGCCUAAUAAUCAUCAGAAUUCAGUUAAUGAAACAUAAAGGACACAAGGCACAGAUCAGUUGAGUGGAGAGAGAACUUAGCCACCGGUACCCACUUAACCCCAUUCAGAGUUUGGAAUAUCAGAGAUGUUGUGACGAGAACAGAGACAAAGGUUUGAUAAUAUAAUUAUUUUUUACUACAUGUUUCAGGUAAUUCUUUCUAAAUAUAUUGAUAUACCUUAGCUUUGCUCAAAAAUUGUGAUAUUUUAUAACGACACUUACAACAAAGUUAUGGACGGAAGUACGCACAGUAUGACUUGGAGAACUACACAUGUACUAUCCAAAACUGUAAAAAUGUAUUUCUACUGUAAUUGUGAAUUUGUGUUAUACAAAUAUAUAUUAUAUAUACAUAUAUAUACAGUAUAUAUAUAUGUAUAUGACUAUAACACUAUGAAUUUUCUAUGUGUUUAAACUACAUAAGAGCUGAACAAAUGCUGAGGACAGUGUCACUGUACAUAGCUGUGAAUGAAAUCCAAUUUCAAAUGACUCAUAUUGAUUGUGAAUGUACUCAUGCUUUCUGCAGUACCUACACCUACUGUACCCAACUUGAAUGCUGCUUCUUCUGUUGUGUGACAAAAAGUACUUUGACCUCUGAGGAGAGAACUGCUGUCGAGUUAUACGUUGGAAAAACUUUAGUGAAGAUUUAACAGAACUUUUUAUUUCUUGAUUUAUUUGCACACGCAAGUUAAAAUCCUUCCAGUUUUGAGUUUGAGUAUUAAUGCGGAGAAAUGUAAUUGCUGAAGUAUAUAUAAUAUAUAUCAUGUGUUUAGAAUGCAUUUUGCAGACGCUAUCUGUACAUACUAUUUAAGAUACAGUUUUUACAAAAAAUACUAUAUGUAUAAAAUUGAAAAAAUGCUGUGCAGCGAUUAUACUGGAGCCUUUUUGGGCUUUGGGAAGUACCAUUUUUUCAGUAUAUAAGAAGUGUUUUGAAUAAUGUAUUAAAGUCUCUAUUGUACAAACAAUAAAAAUGUCACUAUUGGUAA